AUGGCACACGAAGCAGACAUCGAAAUCGUCACUUUUGGACCAAAUGACCCAGAAGAUCCUAGAAAUUGGCCGCAGAGGAGGAAGGUGGGGAUAGUCGCAAUGCUUUGUGUUAUGUCGUUUUGCGCGGUUUUUGGUUCAUCAUCAUAUGCCCCAGGAGAGACUCAAGUUGAAAAGGUAUAUGGUGUCAGUGAAGUUAUCGCGAGCACAGGGUUGACGUGUGUUCGGAGCGCCUAUUUAGUUCGAUUCUUUACUGGCUGUGCUGCCGCAUGCCCAUUGAACAAUGGGACGGGUCUUUCCGCUGACAUGUUCAACAAUGAUAUGAAGAAGUUAGGAAAAGCGUUACUAUAUUACUUCUGCCCUCUUUCAGGACCUGUGUUUGGCACCCUGGUUGGUUUCUUCGUAGCAGCGAAAUCCACGGGCUCGGCCCUAUGGGUCGUGAGAGUACAUUUCUUCUUCAGCAUCGCCGUCUUGCCCCUAGCGUACAUGCUACCUGAGACUCACGGGCCAACCCUCCUGGCACGAAAAGCCAAACGACUCCGUGCCGAAGGACGAAAUGCAUAUGCCGCUCAUGAAGUACGAAAGUUAUCCAAAAUGGAAUUGAUUCAGAGGCAUAUUAUCAGACCAUCAGUUAUGAUCACAUGUGAACCAAUUAUCCAAGGAGCAGCAUUAUGGAUAUCCCUCGCAUAUGGAAUAAUAUACUUCUUCUUCGAGGCCUAUCCUGUGGUGUUCGUAAAGCAGCAUAAUUUCCCUUUCAUCUUGGGAGGUCUCCCCUUUCUUGCAAUUCCUGUAGGCAUGGUCUUCGUCAUGGUGUUCUUUGAGCCCAUCCUUCGCUUCUCUAACUCGAUAACGAUACCCGGAGUCACUACAAAGGGUUCUAGCCUUGCCACUCCAGAAGGCCGCCUUAAGGUAGUGGUUUCUGCUUGCUUUUUGAUGCCUAUAUCUCUGUUUUGGUUUGCCUGGACUAGCGGGCCGGAGACACACUGGAUAGCACCCACCUUAUCAGGAAUUCCAUUUGGUUAUUCGAUGUAUCUCAUAUUCUCAUGCUUCAAUGCAUAUUCAUCACAGACUUACACAAUAUAUGCAUCCAGCGCAUCGUCGUGUAAUGUAUUCGUACGGUCAUUAAUAGCUUCUGUGUUGCCAGUGCUGGCCCACUAUCUGCUAGAUAACUUGGGGACUAAAUGGGGAGGUAUGCAUAGUUGCUUUGUCUCUUGGAUAUCUGAGCUGAAAAAGGGUGGUGCAGUGUCGAUAUUUGGCUUCCUCUCGCUCGGUCUUCUCCCUAUACCUUUAAUAUUCAUCCGAUAUGGUGCUAGUCUGAGACAGCACUCUCGUUUUGCUCAAGAAGCUUUGAGCAUCGUCGCCGAUAUGCAACACAUGCGACAAAAACAGCAUGAGGGAGGAACGACCACGAGUACGAUAUCUGAAGAACACAACCAAGCACCACUCAACCAAGGAAUCACUAGCACACUCUCUGAGGAACUGACGCAGGUAGACAAUAUAGCGGAAAAUGACUCUGUGUUGGGGGUGGUGUAG